AUGACUGUUGUGCACAUUGUUUUGUUCAAGGUCAAGGCUCAAGUGCUGGAGAACGGCUUUGAGGAAUUCAAGGCGCGUUUAGAGACGCUGCGUGACCUCCCUGUCGUCAAAGCCGACGUUAAGGAGCUCAAGCUGGGUCCGCCGAUUUGGGAUGUUCGCUCCCAAGGCUACAACUACGGCCUGUACAGUGUAUUUGAGAGCCAGGAAAAGCUGCUCCAGUACCGGGAAGACAAUGACCACAAGGAGUUUAUGAAGAUGAUCAUUCUGCCGAACAUUGAUGACCUCCUGGCCUACGACUUUGAACUUUAA